AUGUCGGGCUUGUGGAAAAAGUACGAAGAAAAAAUAAAGGCGAAAAGGAAUGUGAAUACUAAACGAAAAGCAGAAUCAAAGGCAGAAAAUGCAAAAAAACCGAGGUUACGGUCGGAUGAGUUGAUAGUCCAGUGCUUAUUGUCAGCAGUCGAAGGCAAAGCUCAAAAAUACUCAAGAAUUGGGCCACGCAAAUUUAUCCAGUACAAGAAGUCUGAUCUCACCUUAGAGGGAAUAAAAGAUGCUUGCUUAACCUACUUUCAGGACAAAGGAUACAUCAGCAAAGGAAUGGAAGUAGAUAUUCUUGCAGGUGAACAUGGGCCAACCUGCAAUUCACUGCAUCAAAUUCCUGAUCUAAAGCUUAUCCAUGUUAGGAUAAUUCCAUGUGUUAUUGAAGUGGAAAAGUCAGCAACAUCCGUUCUUGACCGGAAGUGGGCUAGCACCUCUCUGCAAAGCAAGGAUGCAUUUACCAAAUCAGCUGGAAGUCCCACCAAGAAGCCCCCAGUUAAGGUUGGUGAGACUUUUUCUAAAAGUUUGUCUAUAUCUGCAAUGCUUGGUCUUGGAAAAGUUGUCAAAACUCCCUCUGAUUUCGGUCAUCAUUAA